AUGAAUGUCUCUGAUAACACCCAAUUUCCUAAAAUCAAAGACGUAGUCUUAGGUGAUACCAUAGGUCAAGGAACUUUUGGUUGUGUCAAAAAUGCUCAUUUAAAAAUAGACCCCAAAGUCAUAAUAGCUGUCAAAUUUAUUCAUAUUCCAACAUGUAAAAAGAAUGGACUAUCUGAUAAAGAUAUCACAAAGGAAGUUAUCCUACAUUCCAAAUGUUCCAAACACCCAAAUGUAUUAAGAUUAAUCGAUUGUAAUAUUUCAAAUGCUUAUAUGUGGAUCGUUAUGGAAAUGGCUGAUGGUGGUGAUUUAUUUGAUAAAAUUGAACCUGAUAUCGGUGUUGACUCAGAAGUGGCACAGUUUUAUUUUCAACAAUUAAUAAGAGCUAUUUCUUACCUACAUGAUGAAUGUGGGAUUGCCCAUAGAGAUAUUAAACCGGAAAAUAUUCUUUUGGAUAGGAAUGGUAAUUUGAAAUUGGCUGAUUUCGGAUUGGCAUCACAAUUUAAAAGGAAUGAUGGAACUAUUCGUGUUGCUUCUGAUCAAAGGGGAUCCCCUGCUUACAUGGCUCCUGAGAUCUUAUAUUCGAAAGGUGGAUACUACGCCAAUUCAACAGAUAUUUGGUCAAUUGGUAUUCUACUCUUUGUACUAUUGACAGGAGAAAUACCCUGGGAGUUGCCAGUAAUGGAAGAGAAGAAUUUUGCAUGUUUUAUCCAGAACAACGGUAAUCUAAACUUAGGCCCAUGGGCAAAAAUCGAUUUCUCUCAUCUUAAUCUUCUCCGGAAGAUGCUUCAACCUGAUCCAAAGAAAAGAGCCUCUCUAAAAAUAUUAAGAACACAUCCAUGGUUUACCAAAGGUGUACGUUUUGCAAAUUCUGAAGGAUUAUGUAAGGAUCCUGCAGUUCUUGCCAAAAAAUUAUUAUCUAACUUACGUAUCUCGCUGAGUAAUGAAACAUACGAACGGUUUACUCAAGACGUUUCUUACUCAAAGCAACACUUUUCAGCCUUCAGCUCAACUCAACCAGUCGCUAGUGAUCUAGCUCAAAUAGAGCAUGAUUAUAUGAAUGUUAACGCUUUAACGAACACUCAAACUGCAUUUACCCAAUACCCAUUCGACAACAGGGCAGAAACAUUAAUGUCACAAGAAGCAAAAUGGACUCAAUUCAUCAGUCACGAUUUUGCAGCAUUACAAUUUUCCGAUGAAAGUAACGCAACAAAGAAUACUACCCCACAUUUGCAUUUUAAUCCUAAUAGACUUACCAAAUUUUAUACUGUCGAAAGCUUUGAAACAAUAUUCCCAGUUUUAGAAAAAUCACUAUAUUUAGCUGGUAUAAAAGUUAAACCCGAUUUGUAUGGCAGUUUCUCUGAAUUAAUAUCAGAAUUAGGCUAUGAGAAGGUCGUCCCAUUAGUAAUUAAUAUCAAGACACAUGACAGAAGAGGCGGCACAUUAGUAGGAUCGUUAGCUAUUCUCAAUGUUGACGAAGAUCUGAAAAGUAUAGGAUUUGAUAGAAAAUCAGGAGAUCCAUUGGAAUGGAGACGUCUAUUCAAAAAAGUUGCCUUAUUUUGUAGGGAUAUUAUUCUGAUUCCUAAUUAA